AUGGACGAUUGGAAUCGGUUUGCGGCCAUUACUGGAGACAAAGGGUGGUCCUGGCACCGCCUUCAACGAUACUUCCGCAAGAGGCUGAUUAGCGUCGAUGUCCAACCGUUGAAAGGUUGGACUCAAGGGACUAUCAAAGGCGGUCGUCGCAGUAGCUCUGCAACUUCAUAUCUAGGUCCCAGGUUCAUUCGACGUCGGAAUCUCCACGUUUUAUUACACGCAAGAGUGACAAGGCUUCUACAAGAUGGUGUUACCGGGGGGGAAAAGUCCUUCCGCAAAGUAGAGUUCGCUCAGAACGCCCCUGGUUCUGGCGUAAACGGGCCAUUCGGUCCCAGAAGAACUAUACUCGCAUCCAAGAGCGUCAUCCUGUCAGCAGGCAGCGUCAUGUCACCAAACAUCCUCAUGCACUCUGGAAUUGGCGACGAGCAAAUGCUUCGUCGCGUCGGUAUCAAACCCCUACACAACCUACCUAGCGUCGGACAGAAUUUGAUUGACCACUCAUUGACACGACUCGCCUGGAACGUGAACUCAACGGACACCUACGAAACGCAUCUUAGGAACGCGACUAUCGCGGCAGCCGAUCUGGCAGAAUGGAAGCGCUCCGAGACAGGAUAUUUGACGACAACACGAUUUAGUUUCCUUGGUUGGCUUCGUCUUCCAAAGAACGCCACCAUUUUCCAGCGAUUCAAGGAUCCCGCUGCUGGCCUUGACACAGCUCAUAUCGAGAUGCUUAUUGGGAAUGGCAUGAAUUUGGCACCACCGACUGGUAAUUUCCUUAGUCUGAGCGUAGGAGUUGUCAGCCCCGCUUCAAGGGGCUCGAUCACAAUUAACAGUAGUAACCCCUUCGACCCACCUCUUAUUGAUCCUGGGUUAAUGACGAGCGAAUUCGAUCUUUUCACCAUGCGCGAGGCUAUCCGAAGCGUGGCACGAUUCCUAUCUGCUCCGGCUUGGGCGGGUUAUAUCCUGUCGCCUGCGGGGGCUCUCGCAGAUGUGGACCUCUCCAGCGACGAGCAGUUGAACGCUUACAUUCGCAACAACACCGGGUCCUUGUUCCAUCCUGUGGGCACAUCAAGUAUGGCACGCAGAGGCUCUUCCUCUGGCGUAGUAGAUCCAGACUUAAAGGUCAAGGGAAUCGAGGGGGUCCAUGUUGUUGACGCUUCUGUGAUGCCACGGGUCCCUGCUGCACAUACGCAAGUACCGACCUACGUGGUUGCAGAGAGGGCUGCAGAUUUGAUCAAGGAGGCUUGGGAUUGUUAUUAG